CUCACUAUGAAAAAGAAAGAAGAUUCAGAAAGUGAGUCCCUGCUUUUAAACAAAGAUAAUGGAGUUGCAGGCUCUUAUACAGAAGAAGGUGGUACGAUUCCCACAGAUGGACCCCAGGGCACAGAUCUUAAAGAGAUGGAUUAUGUGGACACGGAUGUUUCUGUUCACUCUCAGUUUCAUGAAGAUGCCUUAGCACAGGCUGGCUUCGGUUUAUUUCAAUACUUUCUCUUCUUCAUUCUUGGUUUGGGUUUGGCGGCAGAUUCCAUAGAAGUUUUUGUUAUCGCUUAUGUUUUGCCAAGCGCAGAAAGGGAACUAUGCAUGGAUGACAAUAGAAAAGGAUGGUUAGCUGCCAUAUCAUUUUUUGGAAUGAUGAUCGGUGGACUUGUGUGGGGGACAUUAGGCGACAAAUUAGGAAGGCGAAGAACAUUAGUUUCAGCUCUCACAACCAAUGCCGUGUUUGCCAUAGCCACAGCAUUCAUGCCAACUUAUGGUCUUUUCAUGAUCACACGGUUAUGUAGUGGAAUUGGAGUUGGUGGCUCUUUGCCAAUAGUUUUUACUUACUACAGUGAGUUUCUCACCAAGAGAAAUCGUGGCAGACAUCUCAGCUGGUUGUUGACAUUCUGGGGAAUAGGAGGUCUAUAUACAGCAUUUAUGGCAUGGUUAAUGAUUGCAGAACCAGAUGCUGAUGGCUUAGGCUCUAGAUUAAGUAGCUGGAGGGUAUUUCUUGUGGUUUGCGCUACGCCAGCCUUAUUAACUGUAUUUGGUCUAUUCUUUCUACCAGAGAGUCCACGAUAUUUACUUGAGUGUGGUCGUGAUGUCGAAGCUAUGUAUGUUUAUCAGAAAGUGUUUCGAAUAAAUCACAAGAAAACUGAUGAAUACCAGCUAAGUGAACUAGAACUGCCUACAAGGAGAUCUCCAAACUCAGGACUUACUGGUCCGGGAGGCUGUAUCAGUGAUUUCUUAGAAGCAAUUGAAAAUUUUUGGACCUCUUUUAUCCAAAUAUUGUGGCCUCCAUACACGAAAACGACAUGCAUUCUUCUAAUAGUUUGGGCAACAACAGCCUUCGGGUUCUAUGGUAUGUCGAUUUGGUUCCCAGAAUAUGUUAGGAAGAUCCAAGAAGAGGAAUAUGAAUCACAUGCCAGUGUUUAUGCCAACACUUCUGUUGCAUACCAAAAGUUUGGUGGAAGCCUAACGAAUCACCGCUUCGAAAACGUCCAUUUUGAGAAUGAUGUAUUCGAAGACAUUGUACUUAUUCACUGCGUUUUCACUAAAUGUCAUUUUGAGAAUGUCACAUUCGAUAAAGUUCAUUCUUCCAGAACAUUCUUCUAUGAUUCAGAAUUUAAGAGAGUAACAUUCGAGAAAACUGACUUUUUUGAGUACAAGUUCAUCAAUUGUCAUUUUAAAAGUUCGACAUUCCGAAAUACGGAAGAAGGUUGUGGAGUUGAUUUCGACCUAAACUUCAACUUAACAGAUGUUUUUACUGAAAACAUGAUUGCACAGGCAGCAAUCAUUCCCGGAAGUAUUCUGUCUUCCUUAGUUUUGGACAGAUUUGGAAGAGUUAAGACAAUGGUUACGUCACUGUUCCUGACAAGUGUAAGUGCGUUUUUUAUCUGGUUCAUCGACACAAAGCAUAUGGUUAUUGCAUUUGAAGCAAUGUUCAAUUUCAUUUCUAUUUCUGGUUGGAAUGCAGUUGAUGUUAUCACAACGGAAUCCUAUCCAGCUUCACUGAGGAGUACAGGAUAUGGUUUCUUGAGUGCAGUCAGCAGAUUAGCCGCUAUUGGUGGAAAUUUACUAUUCGCCCAUUUCAUCAGCAUCAGCAAAACGUUGCCCAUUCUGACAACUUCUGCUGUUCUAAUGGUUGGUGCCCUCUGCGCUUUGAAGCUUCAAGAGACCAAAGAUACACUUAUGUAAAUUUAUUGUAACAAUGUUUCCCAGGAAUCUAUUUGAGGUAGAUUCCCUAAGGGAACUACCAUGAAUAUGGAUGUCCGGUUUACUGAUUUGACCGUCUGGAUUACAAGCCAGGGAUUUAAAAGCUCAAUGGCGGAAUACGCUUUAUUUUAAGUCAAUCGUGAUGGAUCUCGUUGAGAACAGGACCUUUGAGAAUUUAGUUGUUAUUUUAUUUUAUCUCCAGUAAUUUGUAACAGUUAAGCAAAUUGCUGAAUUUCGAAGUGGUAGAUACACCGUUCAUUAACUUGAUUGGGAAGUGUUAGCCAUAAUAAAUAUUUUCUAGAAUUCAUUGGUGUAAAUGGAAAAAAAACGAGUACUAAUUUUGCAAUAUUUCUUGUUGUGAGUAUAGCCAAUCAAAAUCAGUAAGUGAUUAUUAUUGAGGUAUAUUUACACUGAAAAAAAAGUGUGGUAAAAAAUACCAGAAUAUAGUAAACUUUACCGUGUUUUUAAUACCAAAACGCCAAAAAGCUUAUUGAAGCGCUUUAGUAAUGAUUUUAGUAAAAUUAACUAUACAACAUGGUUUUAUAA